AAAGGCUCAGACCCCAGUUUGAGUCAGAGCUAGGGACCAUGCCGUCCCAGGCUCAAGGAUAAAAACCAUCGGGCCAAAGUGCCAUCCAUAUUCCAUCUCCAGUCUUUCUUCCACAAAUUGGGAUUCAUCCCUGCUGAAAAGCACGAUCUAAGAGCAAGGAAACAAAAAACCAUGCUAUCACAUAAUGCCACGGUGAAGCAGAAGAAACAGCAAGCAUCAGCCAUCAUGAAAGAAAUCCAUGGAAAUGAUGUAGAUGGCAUAGACCUGGGCAAAAAGGUCAGCAUCCCCAAAGACAUCAUGUUGGAAGAGUUAUCCCAUCUCAGUAACCGCGGUGCCAGACUAUUUAAGAUGCGACAAAGAAGAUCUGACAAAUACACAUUUGAAAAUUUCCAGUAUGAAUCGAAAGCACAAAUAAAUUACAAUAUUGCCAUGCAAAAUGAGAAACUGGAUGGAAGCAACCUGGAAAUUGGUUCUCAGCCAGCUCCGUUUACUCCUCCCAACACCCCGGACCCACGAAGUCCACCCAAUCCAGAAAGCAUUGCACCAGGAUAUUCUGGCCCACUGAAGGAAAUUCCUCCUGAAAGAUUCAACACCACAGCCGUCCCUAAGUACUAUCAGUCGCCCUGGGAACAGGCCAUUAGCAGUGAUCCGGAGCUUUUAGAGGCUUUAUACCCUAAAUUUUUCAAGCCUGAAGGAAAGGCAGAACUGCCCGAUUACAGGAGCUUUAACAGAGUUGCCAUGCCAUUUGGUGGUUUUGAAAAAGCAUCAAAAAUGGUUAAAUUCAAGGUUCCAGAUUUUGAUCUACUACUUCUAACAGAUCCCAGGUUCAUGGCCUUUGCCAAUCCUCUUUCUGGCAGACGGUCCUUUAAUAGGACUCCUAAGGGUUGGGUAUCUGAGAAUAUUCCUAUAGUGAUAACAACUGAACCUACAGAGGAUACCACUGUACCAGAAACAGAAGACCUAUGAAAAGAAAGUUCUGUGUGCCACAAAAACCUCUGAACAGAAAUGUUGUUGUUUUAUUAUUUCUACUUACUGGCAAAGCCACUUACACUCUUCAUUGGUAGCAAUAAUUUUAUAGCAAUUUAGCCAUUUUCCUUUUAUGGCAUUUAAUUUCAAUCUCAGAUAAAACACUAAUAAACGAUUCAAAAUCUUAUUUAAAUUUUUUUAACUCAUUUGUCUUUAUUCAUAAUUUUGUUUUUACCUGGUCUAAACAAUCCAGCCUUUCAUUGAGAAAGUCCAGAAUAGUAACUGACAACGAAAGUUUUCAUCUUUGUUUCCUUUAAUAUGAGGCAUUCCUGAAUAAGUUUUUCAAAUGGAAUCUAGAAUCAAAACACAGUGCAAGAUAUGUAGACUCAUUCAGGGUUUUAUUUAAGGGAUGAAAGCUAUGAAAGAUGAUGUACAAACAUUAUUGAUGGAGAAAGGGGUUGGGGUCUUCCUUUCUGGUGACCAUGAUAAAAUAGCAUGUCUGGAUGAAGUCUUUUCACUAGUCAUUCUUCGAAUUUCUAAAGUGCUUUGUAUUUUUUGACAUGCUUUAAAUCAUUGGGUACUUAUUCUAGAUGACAUUCU